AGGAGGAGCGGGAGGACCGCGGCGAGGUCCUGAGGGCUGCGGGAGUGACCCGGGCCCCGGACCCUGACCGCAGGCUCACCCCAUGCCAGCUCCCUGUCCGACAGGCAUCUCGGCCCUUGCCCGCGGCCGUGCCGGAGCGCGGCGAGGCCCACGCGGCGCGCCCCGACUUGAGCUGGGCUUGGCACUGCCCCGGCGCGAGUGACAGCGCUCCGAGCGGCCUCCCCGGAGGAUGGAAGAGAAAAGAACACUGCCCGACUUCUUUGAAGAGGAGAACCUUACCAGUUCCAGGGAGGAGAGCAUUAAAGGUGAUUUGAAAACGUUUUGGACACAAUUGGGAAGUAGAAGAGUGGACGUCAUAUUUGAGCAGGUGCAAAAUGUGCUGCUGUUGCUAAAGGAAAAGAUCAAGAAUGGAACUGCCACAAACCAAGAAUGCUGGCAGGCUUGGGCACUGGUGAAUGAAGCUAAUCUGAGUGAUCUCUUAACUUUGACAAACGUAACUGAUGAGUUUGAUGGAGAUGGAGUACAGGAAACCAAACCCAAACUGCAGCAUGUUUUUGCAGAUGACAACACUGCAAAUGCUGUAGAAGGUUUUGACAGUAACAGGAAAGAGGAGAUGGAAAGAACAUGGUCAGGGACUAAAAAAGCAUCUAGCGAAAUUCAACACUUACCUUUAAACCCACAGUAUCAGAACCACAAGUGCUCUAGUGCAUGUCUUGCCAAGAGAGCAACGGGCUCCUACAAGGGUGAAAACCCUCUGAAGAUGCCAAUCCUGUUUCACUUUCAAAGACGGCAUGCAAAAGCAGACUGCCUUUCGAAAUCACUGGAUGUGAAUUACAAAGCUCCUUGCGGUCGGAGUCUGAGAAGCUUUCGAGACGUGCGAAACUAUUUGUUUGAAACAAAGUGCAAUUUCUUAUUUGUUGAUCACUUUUCCUUCAACACAUAUGUACUGUUGGGCAGGAACACCAUGAAUCCCGAACCCCUUGUGUUUGACUUUGAUAUUAGCAACGGAGCCGAGUCUGUGCCCAUCUCCUUCUGUAACAAUCUUGACCGCGCAAGGUUACCUUAUUUCAAAUAUCGGAAGUCGUCAUGGCCACGUGGAUAUUAUCUCAACAACUUCUCCAGCCUGUUUGUGGAUUCAUGUGACUGCACAGAUGGCUGCAUUGAUAGGUCAAAAUGUGCAUGCCUACAGCUAACUGCAAGAGGCUGUAGUAAAACUUCUCUAUCUUCAGGUAUUAAAAGAUGCCGUGGAUACCGUUACAAAAGACUGGAGGGACCUGUUCCUAGUGGGAUUUACGAGUGCAGUGUGUUAUGCAGGUGUGACAAGUUGAUGUGUCAGAACAGAGUUGUACAGCACGGCAUUCAAGUCAGGUUGCAAGUGUUCAACACUGCAAAGAAAGGCUGGGGUGUCCGCUGCCUGGAUGAUAUCGACAAGGGGACAUUUGUUUGUACCUACUCAGGCAGAUUAAUGAGCAGAGCUGAAGUAUUGGGAGAUGCUGGUCAAGAGCUGAAAGAAAAGAGUGCUGUGAAUGACAGAAACCAUGGGGUUUUUUCCAAAAAAAGAAAACUUGACACUGAUUGUUCAAAUUCAGUCAUUGAACUAGAGCAGACUGGUAAACAUGACAUUCUUGAGAAUAAGGAAUCUUUGUCUCAAACUGUGGAUAGUGAAAAUAAAUCAACCCUGGUUCAUCCAGAGAACUCGAGUAUUGCAACCACAAGGCCUGGAAGAACAGGUUUUUUUCACAAUCGCCAGCUAAAAAUGGUGCACAGUGCCAGCUCAGAUGAAGAUAAUAGUUCUCAGAUUCAUCAGCCAAGCAAAACAAAAGUAAACAGUGGAACAAAGAAAGGAAAAGAAAAAUCCACCCAGGAGCAGAAGGAAGACCAUCCGAUGGAAAUUGGGCAGACUGAGUCUGUUGGUGUGGACAGUGCGAGAUGCAAAAGAAAGAGUCUGUCACUGCAGGGUGUUGAUUGUGGCAAGUCAGGUGUGCUGGAUGACACAUGUGUUGCGAGGCCAUCCAAUAAUAUACCCCUAAAAGCUGACUGCAAAGAGGAAAAUAGCAGACAGUCAAGUCAAGAUGCAUUUUGUGAGGAGGCUGAUGGAGAUGGGAUGCUUCCGAAGAAUGCUAGUGAAGAAAAUAUUUAUGUACUGGAUGCCACAAAAGAAGGAAAUGUGGGUCGUUUUCUAAAUCACAGCUGCUGCCCAAAUCUCUUUGCACAAAGCGUGUUUGUAGAGACUCACAACAGAAGUUUUCCAUGGGUGGCAUUCUUCACAAACAGACACGUGAAAGCUGGAACCGAACUCACGUGGGAUUAUGGCUAUGAAGCUGGAAGCAUGCCAGAGACAGAAAUUUCCUGUCAGUGUGGAGUUCAGAAGUGCAGGAAAAAAAUCUUAUUUUUUCCUGCUCUAGGUGCUUUCUGGAUAAUGGCGAAGAUGGUGAGAAGAACAUGUGCAUUUUGUUCAGAAGGGGCGGCUGGUUCUGUAAUGUAUGUUGCCAAAGAGAGCGAUGUUGCAGCUCAUCAGGAUUGUCUGUUAUUUUCCUCAGGAUUUGUGGAAUCUGAAGAGUAUAACCCAGAAAAUCUGGAUAUAAGGUUUGAUGUGGCAUCAGUGUUGAAAGAGCUCAGGAGAGGAAAGCGGCUGGUGUGCAACUUCUGCCGCAAGAAGGGAGCCACUGUGGGCUGUGAGGAGAGGGCCUGCCGCAGGAGCUACCACUACUACUGCGCGCUCUGCGACGACGCGGCCAUAGAAACCGACCAAGUGAAGGGAGUCUACCGUCUAAGUGUCUUUCAGUUUAUGUUUAAUGAAAAGAGGGGGAAAUAUCUGUUAAAAUCAGUCAGCAUAACUCUGUUUAUGUAUUUAUUAACACUUUUUCUCUUUUUCUUAAAAUUGAACUUAAAUUUUAGAGUGUUCUGCCCAAAACAUGACCCAAGCAAUAGGACCAGUCACUAUGGUGCAGCUAAUAAGAAGAGAAGAUAUACAUUGACAUCUCCUGCCAUCACAGAAGAAAUGAAAACAGAAGAGAAAGCAGAAGAAAACCAUUUCCAAACACUAAAAAGAAAAAACAACAGGCAUAAAGUCCAGAUAGACAUUGUAAGGAAAUGCAAACAAGCUGGGCUUCUAGAUGACAUAUUUGAAGAAAUGCUGGACACACUUCAUCUGGCACAGGAAAAACUAAUGGAUGACAACACUUCAGAAACAGAAUAUGAAGAGACAGUAAUGGCACUGUUUGACUGUGGACUGUUUGAAAAUAUACUGACAAAUAUUCAUUCAGGAAAAUGGAAGCAACAGAGAGAAGCAGAAAUGCAGUCAGGCAGAGCUUUGCAAAUAAGGAACAGAAGAAAAAAUACAAGAACUUCUAGAAAACAGAAAAAGACUGGAUCACAAGAUAGAGCUACUGCAGGACUUAAAAGAAGUCCUUCCUACCCCAGAGAGCACAGCCAGUACAUCUAGUAUGGUGUCUGAAUAACAUUUAAGUCUGUCUGUAAUGGUGUCAAUAUUUAGGAUUUUCUAAUGAUAGAAACCCUAGAGCACAUCUGGUUCAUGUCUAAGUAAUUUCCCACUCCCAAGACAGGGACAUAAACAAGAACUGGGUCACAUACUCAUUUUUAUACCUCAAUGGUGCAAUAAUUUUAAGUUCUUAAAAUUUUCAAAUCUUUGUCUUCAAACCUUACUGUGUAGUACUUCAGUGUUAUACGCUAAAUUUAGCUUUUUUAAACCCUCCAGUGAAGACUUUUUACUCCAAGACAAGGGAACAUCAGAUGCAACAGAACACUUGUUAAAGUCACUUUAACUGUGGAGCCCUCUCCUAGCUGUGCCAUAGCUGCUUCACUGUCUGUGUCUAGACAGUGAUGUUUUCAGGAUCAUAUUGGUGCUUUGGCUUUCCAAAGAAGAUAAAUGAGCAGAACUUGCACUUAAGGAAGCCUUUUGAAUGUUGAACAGGACUUGAAUUAAAAACCCCAAGUUAUUCUUGUUUGACUGGUCAAUGUGUAACUAGUUCUGCUGUAAUGGCAGUGGCAAUACAGUGUUUACAGGCAGACCAAAAACAGUUGGGCAUUAUCCUCAGAAUAGGUGCAGUGUCAAAGGGAUCAAACAGUGGUCUGCGUCUUCCUUUCUCCGUUACAAAAGGAUGGAACUUCCCUGUGUUUUGCCUUUAAAAAGUUGUUUGAAUACAGAAAAGCAUUGUUUAGCUACAAAAGGUGAAGUUCACAAAAUAAAACAUUUUUUAAAAAAGCU